CUAGAUCGAUCCGUAUAAAUAGGCGCAUUGGCUUUGCACACGUAGCAAGUUGCCGCGCACGGCAACUCAAAGCGGCUUCUACGGUUAAUCUUCGCCGUACUCACCGGGAAAUUGAAUUCCGGAACCUUUGAUUGUAUUGAAAAGGAAGAUUAACGAUGAGUGCUCCGUCGCGAGAAGAGGAGUCCAAAGAAGAUGACAAGGACGGAGAGGCUAACAGGUUGCUACAAGGGCAAUCGGAGGAGGAAGAGGAGGCAUAUGAAGCGGGGGAGAAGAUCCGGGUCGUAGAUUUUGACUUUGAUUCCGGGGAUGAUUCGAGUGUGCCUCCUUUCUCGUGGAAGAAGCUGUGGCUAUUCACAGGGCCUGGGUUUCUAAUGAGCAUAGCGUUCUUGGAUCCGGGGAAUCUGGAAGGGGAUCUCCAAGCUGGAGCCAUCGCCGGUUACUCUCUCCUGUGGUUGUUGAUGUGGGCCACGUUCAUGGGCCUGUUGAUCCAGCUUCUCUCUGUGAGGGUUGGUGUGGCCACGGGUCGAAACCUCGCUGAGCUCUGCAGAGACGAGUAUCCUGAUUGGGCUCGGUUUGUGCUUUGGUUUAUGGCUGAGCUGGCCUUGAUUGGUGCUGAUAUUCAAGAGGUCAUUGGGAGUGCCAUCGCCAUCCAAAUUCUUAGCCGAGGACUCCUUCCCCUCUGGGCUGGAGUUUUGAUUACUGCUUCCGAUUGCUUUGUCUUUCUGUUUCUUGAGAACUAUGGAGUUAGGAAGUUGGAAGCUGCUUUUGCAGUUCUUAUUGCUACUAUGGCUCUUUCUUUUGCCUGGAUGUUUGGUGACACAAAACCUAGUGGAAAAGAACUUUUGAUGGGUAUUUUGGUUCCAAGACUUAGCUCAAAAACAAUUCGUCAGGCUGUGGCCGUUGUUGGUUGUGUCAUAAUGCCUCAUAAUGUAUUCCUGCAUUCUGCUUUAGUACAAUCAAGGAAGAUUGAUCCCCAUAAGAAAGGCCAGGUACAGGAGGCUAUCAACUACUAUUCGAUUGAGUCAUCGGCUGCACUUUUAGUCUCCUUCAUGAUCAACCUAUUUGUCACAACAGUUUUUGCUAAGGGUUUCUACGGUACAAAGCAGGCAAAUAGCAUAGGAUUGGUGAAUGCAGGGCAGUAUCUUGAGGAAAAGUAUGGAGGAGGGCUCUUCCCUAUUCUCUAUAUAUGGGGAAUCGGGUUAUUGGCAGCUGGACAGAGUAGCACCAUCACUGGCACAUAUGCUGGGCAAUUCAUAAUGGAGGGUUUCCUCAACCUUCCUUUAAAGAAAUGGUUGAGAGCAUUGAUCACUCGAAGUUUUGCAAUUGUGCCAACUAUAAUUGUAGCUAUUGUUUUUAAUAGGUCAGAAGCUUCAUUGGAUGUUUUGAAUGAAUGGCUUAAUGUGCUUCAGUCCAUGCAAAUUCCCUUUGCAUUAGUUCCCCUCCUCACGAUGGUCUCCAAAGAGCAGAUCAUGGGGACCUUUAAGGUUGGGCGUAUUCUUGAGAGGGUGGCAUGGACUGUUGCUGCACUGAUUAUAGUAAUUAAUGGGUAUCUCUUAUUAGAUUUUUUUCUUUCUGAGGUGAACGGCCUAUUGCUUGGUUUCGUAGCCUGCGCCUGCACAGUUGCUUAUGUUGCAUUCAUUGUAUAUUUGAUUUCACAAAGCGGUGCUCUUCCUUCCGCUUGGGUUAAUCGACUUCCCAAGGGGUUUUCUUUUAUUGGGAAUUAAGUCAAAAGGAAUUCACACACCCUUAAAAAUCUGGAAAUAGUAUGGCAAGCUUCAGCUAGACAAUUUUGCACGAGGAGUUUUUCUUCAUACAUCAUGAAGGAAUUUGUUAUAUAGUUCCUCUAACCUUGCAACCUGGAUUAAAGGGAGAUAUCUUUCUAUAAUUGAAGAUAUGCAGAGGUUAUAUCCUAUUUAACUGCACUGUAUUUUUGCAAUAGAGAUACAGAGGUUUCCUUCCAUAUGUAACAAGAUGGAGAUAUCUUUGUGUAAUGGAAGAUGUGGAAAAAGCGUUGUUACAACUUGCAGGAUAAAUUACUUUCCUACACACCUUAUUCUUUUUCUAACAAGUUCACAUUGCUCCAUUAUUCUUUGAUGUAAACAGUUUGUGUUUGAUUUAGACAAACGGGUGCAUGUUGCUUUCACGAAGGAACAUGAGUAGAUAUCUAUUCAGGCUGUAUUAAAGGGAGAUGUCUUUCUAUAAUGGAAGAUGUGGAGAGCUUACAUUUUUAUUUUUGCAAUAGAGUUUCAGAGGCAGGCAACCUUCCAUGUGUAACGAGAUGGAGAUAUCUUUGUGUAACGGAAGAUGUGGAAAGAGCUUUAUUACAACUUGCAAGAUAAAUUGCUUUCCUACCUACCUUUUUAUUUUCCGAACAAGUUGUGAAUUGCUCCAUUAAUGUUUGAUGUAAACAGUUUGUGUUUGACUUAGACAAACUGACACAUGUUCCUUUGUGAGGGUGGCCAGGUAAGACAACAGACAUAAACUGUAGGGAUUAAUCAAUAGUACAAUGUGGAGUACAUUUGCUGUGCUUCAUUUUGUCUGUUUUCUAGUUGGUUAUGAUGUCAUCACAUGUGGAGGUGCUAUUCCAUUGCUUGAGCAACUCACUAGGGAACUAUUAAAACUUAAAACUGAAAAUUGUUUACACCUAAAUCACCAGCAGAUUAAUUCCCUCAACAAUUUUUUUUUUUAAAUGUAAGGGUUCUCAACCAUGAAAAAAUGGUUUAUUUUGUGGCAAUUUAAAAAUGAAAAAUCAUUUUCUCAUGCAACAGGAGAUAAUUUUAUCAUGGUGUGAGACAUCAAAAUUCAUAUUUUUUUUCCCUCUUUUUUAACAAGUGGUGGGCCCCAUCACUUGUUGUGUUUGUGAUACAAGAAAUGUUACCUUAUGUAAUAUGAGAAAAGAGAAGUCCUUUAAAAAUUUACAUGUAAUGGUAUAAAUGUACUCCAUUGGAUUUCUAAGUGCACCAUCCCGUAGUUCUUUUUCUUUUCUUUUUUCUAAGCAUCCUAUGCUGUUAGAAGUUGUCUCUGUUAGUAAUUGAAAACCCUAAGGAAAAUCCUGUUUCAAUGCUGCUUUGCUUGCAUUUAGGGUAUGUUUGGAAGUAGGAAGUUGAAUGGUUAAUGAAGAGGAAGGAAUCAAUGAAUGGUUGGGAAUGAAGGCUUUUUGACCCUUUUGCCCCUAAUUAAAUAAUUAAUAACCAAUUUGCCCCUCCCCCAGAACUAUCCACCAUCAUGCCCCCAUUUAGUCGAUUAAGUUGCACUUUUAAUCGACUAAAUGGGCUAAACUCAGAAAUUAUGAAACGCGAAUUUUAGUCGACUAAAAACUCACCUUAAUCGACUAAAUUGUUUGCACUUUUAGUCGACUAAGAACAUUAUUUAGUCGACUAAAUGUCGCAGAUCAGGUUUUUUAAAAACUCCCCCAUUUCGCAAAGGGGGUUAUUUUCAAACCCUAAUCGACUAAAUCACUCCAUUCCGUCCCCUCUCUCCAACCAAGUCCGAAUCUCAACCCUUGAAGGUGCGAUUGAAGCUUCCUUGGUUCACACUUGCGAAAUCGACAUUUAGGUACAGUUGUUCCCAUGGCUGGCCGUAGAAGAUCGUCUAGCACUGGAAAUGAGAGACGACAGAAGCUACGACAAGACCGUCCGUCUUCGUCAAGGCCACAAGAGGAAGACCCCGCUGCUGUCGACCUCCCAUUCGGAUACUUGUUCGAGAAUGACCCGGUGGUUCAUGAAUCUUUUGUUCGUGACUUUGUUAACCGACCGAUUUGUGGGGCCAAAUCACUUGAUACAGCCUUUUUUGAACAAGAAGGUUUUAACAUUGUGAGGUGGUUGGAGGAAUCACAUCUUAGGACCUUGGCUGAACUGUCGUGCUCAUAUUCUGAGCUGCAUGUACGGGCCUUCUACCAUAACCUCAGCUACCAUCAGGGUGAGCUGAGGUCUAGGGUCUGCGGGGUGGACAUAUACAGGGACGUGCAGAAGGGAAAUGAAAGAUUUAGACAUAUACAGGGACGGUUCAAGGGUGUUGAAGAUAGGCUUGCUCGUCUAGAGCUUGGACGAGGACAGCAGAUUGAGGAUGUUGCAGGGCAGGGGGCUGAUGUGUCAGAUGAGGAUGACGAGGAGACGGCGUCCGAGGAGGAUUAGAUUUAGGGUUUAUGUUUCUAUUUUACGUUUGUAGUGUAUGUUGUUAUGUAAUUGACUUCGGUCUUCCUAUUUGACAU